AUGAAUCCAAAUCAAUCAUCUUAAGGAAUACGUUAACCUGCUAAAAAGAAGCCCCCUCAAAUUUUAGGCUAAACUCUCUCCAAAUUGACUCCCCAAAAUUAUUCCACAAGUCCACAGAACCAAUCCAGGGAAAUUAAUGUGCAAAAAUCGUAACAAUUUAUUAAAAAUCAAGGUGCUCACUUCUCUAAAUUUGCAGAUACUCAGACUCGUAAGGCUGCAGGAUAGGCAUCUUCAAGUUCUCCCAAGCAGAGUGUGGGCGCAACUAAUAAAUUGUUCUUGAAGGGAUUCCACCAGGAACACUAGAAGCUAUUUAGUCAAGAACAAGCUGCUAUGCAGAGUCAGUAGAAUAAUUCAAAUUAAGCAUAGUUCCAAGAGUAUAAAAAGAUCCCUGUUUCAACUAAAUCUGGAAAUAAUCACACAAAGAUCAUAUUUACCUCACCAACUCAAAGUUCUAAUAAGCUUAUGUAGAAUUCAUAACCAAACUCUAAGAAGGGUAGUCCAGAUGGUUCAGCAAAUGCCUACAUGAAGACAGAACCAACAGAUUAACAAGCCAAUCUAAUGCACUUUUUACAACGACGAGCAUCUGAAGAAAAACUGAAUAUGAAGCUCAACAAGAGUAAUUAGAGCAAUGGCUCUUAGAAAAGGUAAACUAAUCCUAAUAUCAUGUACUAGGAGUAUCUCUAUCAGAAAUCUAGAAGUCCUUAAAAUGUCAAUGCUGCUGGAAAGGUCGAUUACUACAAAAUGAUUACAAAUACCCAGUAAAAUUUUGGGUUAAAAGGUACCCAAGCUAAUUACUAGCUAAAUUAAUCUAAUAACUCAACUGGGUCUUAAUAAAAUUUAACAGCCUCACAAUCUCAAUUCUAACAGAAAAGCAGAAAUCAGCCUAGUGGAACCAUAAGCAAGUAUAAAACAACAAAUUUAGCUUACUAGAGUUAAAGUCCAGAGACUUAAAAUCCAAACACAAUGGGGAAAAAGAGUGGAUCACCACUGCAGAUAAAGCCGCAAAAUAAGCAAGGCAACAUGUUCUAUGAUAAAAGAUAGAGCUAUUAGCCUUCUAAUUAAAAGUCAAAUCUUUAGAACUAACGAGGAGUCGAUUUAAUCUCACCUAACUAAGUAAAAAUGGGAGUUUUAGAUGAUGACGAUAAUGAAGAAGAAGAAGAACAAAAGGAAGAUAAUGGCACAUUCGGUGAUAAUACUAAUGAUGAUGAAAACGUUAAGGAUGAAGAAGAUUUGAACUAAAGCAGUAGAGCUAGUGAUGCAUCUUCGAAGAAAAAUCUGAGAGAUGUUGCUAGGAAACUAUGGUUAGCAGUUGAGGUUGGUGAUAAGCUUGCCACUUUGAAAAUUCUCUAGACUUAACAGGGUCCUCAGACUCAAUUAAGCAUAAACUGCACAAACACUGACGGAUGGGCACCGUUGCAUGUAGCUGCAAGUGAAGGACACACAGGUCUAGUAGAAAUACUAAUUGAAUAUGGGGCUGUCAUCGAUGCUAGAACUAAAAACUUUAGAACACCAUUGCAUAUUGCUUGUAUUAGAGGAAAUUUCGCUGUUAUUUAGACAUUGUUAAUGGCUGGUGCAGAUCCAGAUGCCAAGGAUAUAGAUGGUAAUACCCCAGCUCAUUUCUGUGCUGAAUAUGGCCACUAGGAUUGUUUGAGAUUUUUAUUGACCAGACAUCCAACUUUAUUCGCCAAAAAUAGCGAGGGUAAAUCUCCAAUCGAUGUAGCCACGUUCGAAGAGUACAUAAAAAGUGUGAAAUAUUUCCUAAAUAAUAAGAAUCCAACAACUACAUAGCCGAAUCCUACACUGAUGAAUAAGAACAAACCACAUGAUUAGAGUCACAACUCUAGUGAUAGUAGUAACAGCAAUAAGCAAGCCAGAUAAUUAUAAGUAGAUGAAGAUUCUUUGACAUAAACUGAUAAAAAGAGAAAUACCUAGGGGACAUCAUCCACUCAACAAAAGGCAACUUUCGAGAUUCAAACUGAGAUGACUACUAGCACUUAGCAGCCUCAAACAUUCUCAUCUAUGUCCAGUAAUACCAAUUCUUAGACAACCGAUGAUGAGGGUAAAGUUGGACCAUAAAUGUUUUUGCCUAUUAAAAUGCUGGGAAGUGGAAGUUUUGGUGAGGUCUAUCUUGUAAAAGAAAAGAAGACAGCAAAACUUUACGCAAUGAAAGUCCUGAGUAAACAAAGAAUUAUGGGGCAAAACCUAGUAAGAUACGCCAAGACGGAAAGAGAUGUGCUAUCUUACACAAAACAUCCUUUCAUUGUUAAUCUCAACUAUGCUUUCUAAACAAAGACAAAAUUAUUCUUAAUUCUUGAUUUCUGUCCAGGUGGUGAUCUAGGUAAGAUUCUAUAAAGAGAGAGGAAAUUUUCCGAGGACAGAGCAAGAAUAUACGUUUGUGAAAUACUGCUAGCAUUGGAAGAUCUUCAUAAGAGAGAUAUCAUAUAUAGAGAUCUUAAACCUGAUAAUGUUGUUCUUGAUGAGGAGGGUCACUCUCUUUUAACAGACUUUGGAUUAUCCAAAGAAGGAGUAGAAGAGGGAGCUAAGGGAGCUAAAUCUUUCUGCGGGUCAGUAGCUUAUCUAGCUCCAGAAAUGCUUAGAAGAGUUGGCCAUGGAAAAUCUGUUGAUUGGUAUCUCCUAGGUGUUUUGCUCUAUGAGAUGGUAGUUGGUUGCCCGCCUUAUUUUUCACCCAAAAAGUAAUAUUUAGUUGCUUAAUAACUAUACUUUAGAGAUGAACUGUUCCAUAAUAUUUAAAAAGGUGUUCUAAAGAUUCCAGCCAGCUUAUCUGAAGAGUGCAAAAAUUUGAUUGUAAGCUUGUUAAAUAGAAACCCCAGCAAGAGACUUGGUGCUGGUUCAGAUGGAUCCGAAGACAUCAAGAGGCAUCCCUUCUUCAAUGGUGUUGAUUGGUAGAUUGUGAAAGAUAAGAAGAUGUUACCUCCAAGGCCUGAUAUUAACAUGAAAUACUAUGCCCAUGUGUAAAACUUUGUAGAAUCUUCCGUGGAUGAGCAGCUGAAGAAGGUAUUUGACGACUUUGAUGAGUUAGAUCCAGAUAUCUAUGAGAACAGAACCGUUUAAGGCUGGUCAUUUGUUCAGAAUUAGAGCGUUCCUACAGGCACUCAAUAUUCCUGA